ACAAAAAUGGCGACUUCCGCUGAUGUUCACGUCCAAAUUUGUGUUCAACAAAUGAUCAAAUUUGACCUCCAAGUGAAAGAGAACAUUCAGUCCAUCCGAGAAUGUUGUGGGCCUCAGAGUGCACUCGUGCAGCUCAACUGUCAAGUCAAAGAAAAAUUCAAGCAACUCAGACGCACAAUUCAGGAGCUGGAGCAGAUGGCGCGAGAACAGGACAAAGAAUCGGACAGAAUUUCUAUCCAAGCAGAGGCUGACAGCCAAAGAAGACAAAUGAUCAGUAAUCAGACGGCGUGGAGAAAAGCCAACCUGGCGUGCAAAGUGUCCAUGGACAAGAUGGAGAAAGAUGAGCUACUGCGUGAAGGAGAUGGAGCAGGAGUCAGGAGCAGAAAAGCCACCAAAGAAAGCCUGGUUGAGAGCAGCAGUAACAUCACCGAGAGCUUAAUGUCCAUCAGCAGGAUGAUGGCGGAGCAGGUUAAGCAGAGCGAGGACAACAUCGGCACCCUGGCCACUUCCUCCCGCACGGUGCAGGAGACCAACGAGGAGUUUCGGAAUAUGACGGGAACGAUCCACCUGGGCAGGAAGUUGAUCCUCAAGUACAAUCGGCGAGAGUUGACAGACAAGCUUCUCAUCUUCUUGGCGCUGGCGCUCUUCCUUGCCACCGUACUCUACAUCCUCAAGAAGAGACUCUUCCCCUUCCUUUAGUAGGUCAACCACGAUACACUUUACUUUAUCAUUCGCUCAGUGUUUGUUACAUCUGCAAUUACGUCAAAUGGACUAGAUAGAUUUAAAAAAAUACUGUGGAAAUGAUUGAAAGAUUGCAAAAAAAAAUAAAAAAGACUGUUUUGCCUCAAUCAUUCAUACGUUUUCGAACACUACUCUGGUUCUGUUAAUGAUGUCAUUGCUCUAAUUCUCUAAUUGUAUAUUGAAGAAAAUCUAUUACAGUAAUGAUUCUUGAUGCUCAAUGUUAAAGAUUAAAAAUCCAACAAAGCCAAGAACAUUAUUAUGUGUGCACCCGGUGUAUAAAGUAAAUACAGAUACAUUUAAAAUAAAAACUCUACUUUUCAGUUGAAACAAAUGUUGUUAAAACAAAAUAGAUAUGAAAAUGACUUGGUUUUGAAAAUGUAUCAACUUGUUUUUUUUACUUACUGAUAGCGAUCCCAAGUUAAAAAUUAAAUGACCAUCAGUACUACAAAAGAGUAAAGCACUCUGUUACUGAUUUAUUAUUAAACUAUUUAAAAAAAUAAAAAGUCAACAUUGAAAAUAGCGUACCGCACGAAUGCUAUUCUUAGACCACAAGACAUCACCAUCAUAAACCAGAAUGGGGUCAAUAGGUAAGCGCGCUCGCAUACAGCCCAUGCUCGUGCUGCUUGUUUUCUGCCGGCAAUCUUACAAAAGAGAACAUGCCGAGUAAACACUACUGCUAUGGAACUUGUAGAAACGACUCUUCACAUUAUGACAUAUGAAGGAUAUUUUCUUCAUAAGUUUCCUGAAGCCAAAAACUCAGAGGGGAAAAAAAUGUGAACAAUGGAUCAACUUGUGCAGACGUCCAAAAGACCAGUUUAACGGCAGCAAGGUGAAACAUUCACCUUCAUAUGCAGUAAACAUUUUGUUGGGGGCCAUGGUCCUACAGAUGACAAUCCACUUCCAUUGCCAGCUGUUAAGAGAAAUGGUGGAGGAAACGUUUUGUAUUCAUAAAUGUGUCCUCAGUUGAUGUUGAAAUAAUGUUCUUAUAGCUUGUUAUUAUUGACAUAUUAUCUUUUCGCCACAAGAUGGCAGGAUGGGACAUAAUUGUCUAAAGUGCUACUUUUAUUACUUUGUGUAUGACUUUCAUUACUUUGAUUUGUGGGAUUGCCUGUGAAGACAGCAAUGAGAGAGGAUGUAUCUGCAUGUCGAUGGAAAUUAAACAUGCCAAGUUUUGGCU